AAAUGUAAGCCGGAGUACUUUGACAUUGCGUUCAUUCUACUUAUCGGCAGGCAAUGGAAAGAGCGAUUCCAGCAUGUUUAACUGUCGUGCACCUAAUCUGUAUCUGGAGUAAGGUUAAAAUCCCCCCGUAGGGGUGUUGGCACCGUGGUGCAGGGCUUGUCGCACGCAAUGAAAAAGCGAAUGGCAACUUUUUCUGUCAUAACCAGGUAAACAUGACGUGACACCGACAGGUCUACAAGUGACAACCAGCGACUACAACGCCACAGCGAGCGAUAAUAAUACGAUAAUAACGCAUUGAUUGAUUCAUCCUCUGGCGUCGGUUGAAGUCACUCCUAGGGAAACAUCUUGCGCUUCUUGUCUGGAUGAAGAAGGGAGUAGAGGCGGCGUGCAGUCAUUCACAUGAUGAUGUGGGAGAAGAUCGGGGAUCCGAUGACCAGCGGAACAAAGUCUCUGGGCUGAUUUCACAAUCACUGAGAUCAUCUGCAGCAUCAGAGCGGGCUGAGAGGCGCCGCGCGCACACGACGUCAUGGCAUGUCUGCGAAACAGCGAUGCCUAGAGAGGGGUCGGUGCUGGGUUUUUUUUUAAGCUACGAAACCUGGGUUUUAAAAGUCUCCCAGACCGUCUUUCAGUGUAAUUCCAGAUCACUUUGGUGCAUCGCUGCGCUGAUACUAUGAGCUGAUGGUGUUGAAUAUCUGACCUCACUUUUUCCCCCCUGCACAGCUGCGUGAGAAGCGGCUCGAAGCCUGGGAGGGGGGGGGUUCUCUUAUGAAAGUACCGCCAGCAUGUACUGGUGCGCCGUACGUGGACCGGGCAAAAGCGAUCGUUGGUGUCAGUGUUGCUGAAAAUGGACGAGUCGUCGCUCUUGGAUUUACUGGAAUGCUCCGUGUGCCUGGAGCGGCUGGACACCACCGCCAAAGUGCUGCCCUGCCAGCACACCUUCUGCCGCCGCUGCCUGGAGAACAUUCUCUGCUCCCGCAACGAGCUCCGCUGCCCCGAGUGCCGGAUACUGGUGGAUUGCGGUGUCGAUGAUCUGCCGGCCAAUAUCCUCCUGGUUCGCUUGCUGGAUGGUAUUAAGCAACGACCCAGGAACGGGGGGAGACCAGCGCUGACCGGGGUGUCUCUUGGAUGUGCGGCCGGCAUUGCAGGUUCGACUCCAGGGACACCGAUCCGAGACCUACCGAUUGCUUCUCGGGGCUCUCCGGUCAAGAAUGUUCCGCAGCUGCCUUGUGGGAAGGCUUUGUACAGCUAUGAAGGCAAGGAGCCGGGAGACCUCAAGUUCAACAAGGGUGACAUCAUCAUCUUGCGCCGGAAAGUGGACGAGAACUGGUACCACGGCGAGCUUAAUGGAAGCCACGGCUUCCUCCCGGCCAGCUACAUCCAGUGCAUCAAGCCUCUGUCACAGCCCCCGCCCCAAGGCAAGGCACUUUAUGACUUUGAAGUCAAAGACAAGGACCAGGACAAGGACUGCUUGACCUUCACUAAGGAUGAAGUUCUUACUGUGAUUCGAAGAGUGGAUGACAACUGGGCAGAGGGUAUGCUGGGAGAUAAAAUCGGAAUUUUCCCCAUUUUGUAUGUGGAGCUGAAUGAGACGGCCAAGCAGCUGAUGGAAAUCGACAAGCCGAGCCCGGUACCCGGGGCGAGCGGCCGGCCCGGUUCCUCGGGGGCCUCGUGCUCGAGCCCCGGCACCCCGCCCGACAGCAGCAACCCAGCCAGCGCCAUCCACCGGCGGCCCGACGGCAAGAAGAACGCCAAGAAGAGGCACUCAUUUACGGGAUUGAGCAUCACCCAACGCACAGCCCAGGCGCUUAGCAACCGGCACUCCAUGGAGAUCAGCGCGCCUGUGCUCAUCAGCUCAUCGGACCCGCGCGCCGCCGCCCGCAUUAGCGACUGCCCGCACCUGUCCUCUAGCGCCCCCACGGAGGACUCCUCCUCAUUCGCCGCGACCUCGUCCUCGGCCGCGGUGGCCCUGCCCAGAGUCACCUCAGGGUCUGCGGACCUGCUCGCCGCCGCCAAGGUCCAGCUGCCGUUGAACAUAUACCUGGCCAUGUACGCAUACAGACCCCAGAAGGCCGACGAGCUGGAGCUGCGGAAGGGCGAGAUGUACCGAGUGACAGAGAAGUGCCAGGACGGAUGGUUCAAGGGCACGUCUCUGCGCAGCGGCGCCUCUGGUGUCUUCCCCGGGAACUACGUCACACCUGUGUCCAGGGCCCCCUACGUGGUGGGACAGUCCCGCGUGUGUCUCUCUGGGUCGGCUCAGGCCGUGAAGGUUAACCCCAGCUCCCCAGGGUCCGCCGGGCCCUCCAGCCCGGUCCUUCUGGGCUCGGGGCCGCGCUCGUCCACCCCCCAGCUAGCCAGCCCGAUGGGCCCUUCCUCGUCAGCCUCCAGCUCCCCACAACUGCAGCCGGCGACUGCACACCUGAAGAACUGUCUGCGUGCGUCGGGGCAGCAGGCAGCUGCGUUGGGCCAAUCGCGCACACCCAUGCAGCUGGUGCACAGCCCCCCCUUGGGCAGCCCCGAGCGGCCAGCCACAGCGGCGGCGCUUCCCUCUCUCCGCCCCCACAGCUCCCCGGGCCCUUUGGCGCGCCCCCUCUCCGUGGCCUCCCCCCAGUACGUCCGCCCUGCCAUCCCCCUCACCUCCGCCGCGGCAGCCAUCACCCCGCCCAACGUCAGCGCCGCUCACCUCAACGGGGAGGUGCUGGCCAGCCCCCUGCGGCCCCCCUCCCCCGGGCACGUGCAGGGGGCCAGCGCCAACCUGGCCAAGCUAGACGAGAAGAAGGCUGAGAAGAAGGAGAGGAAGGGUGGAGGUUUCUUGAAACUCCUCUCUGGGGCAGCAGCCAAGAAGAAGUCCCGCUCCCCGCCGUCCGUGUCCCCGACCCACGAGCCCCAGCCCCAGGCCGCCGCGGAUGUGCCAGCGCAGGGGGUCGCGGGCGCCUCGGGACCCAGCCACGGGCGCGCCGGCUCCUGCCCCAUCGAGAGCGAGAUGCAGGGCGCCAUGGGCAUGGAGCCUCUGCACAGGAAGUCAGGCUCCCUGGACCUCAACUUCUCGGUGUCGCCGCCGGCCCGGCAGCCCUGCUCCGCUCUGCUCGCUCUCCGUCCAGAACCCAAGCCCCUGUCCAGAGAGAGGUACCGUGUGGUGGUGCCCUACCCCCCUCAGAGCGAAGCCGAGAUCGAACUGAAGGAGGGCGACAUCGUCUUUGUCCACAAAAAGCGGGAGGACGGCUGGUACAAAGGCACCCUGCAGCGCACGGGCCGCUCUGGUUUAUUCCCUGGCAGCUUUGUGGAAAGUUUCUGAGAAGUGAUGGGGGGGGGGGGGGGGUCGGUCCACUGGAGAUCUCAAGCAGGGGGGGUUCUCUUCCAACGAGCUUUCAAGAUAGACCUUCACAGUGGAUGCCACAUGGGGGUCCCUCACUCUGCAACCUUCAGAAGCAGGAAUCCAGCCCCCCCCCCCAUGGUGCUGACAAUAGUCUGUAGUCUACUACAAUAGUCUAUAUAUAUAAAAAAUGUUUUCUACACCAUCAAGAUUAUCUCUACAGAUUUCCAUUCAAAAACGAUGGCACUACAGCAGAAGGAGCACAAUGAUGCAAAAACAAAAAGGAGAAUCAUUAUUAUCACUGCCAUUGCUAAAUGUUCAUUUUUUUCUUCUAAAAUGUAAAGCAGAGAGUACUUCUUCACCGGGGGCGUUGUAAUCUCCACCGCACGUUCAGCUCUGGGCUGCAGCUGGCGGUCUGACCUCACUGACAUGCCCAGAGGCCACUGUCCGCUCAGGGGUCUGGCUCAAGUUAGUGCCUUCCAUCUUUUCAAAAAGAGCGCCCCCUUUUGGUGGUGGAGUGUACCUAGCCCUCUGGUGUGGAAGACCUCAAACUCUUGAUAAAUGUAAAGUUUCGUUUUUUUCCACCCGUUUUGUACUGUCACUUUAUCGGGAAGCGGCUACAGUAAAGCGCGGAUGUUUGCAUGUUUGCGUCUGUAGCGCCAUUAAGGCGUUUUUCUCGUGCCAUCACUUUAGCGUCCUGCAGGUCUGCGUCUCAGCUUCAGCUGUGAGGGCAUUGAAGGGUGCCUCAGGAUCUGAGCUUGACAAGGAAAAUGGAGAUCGCUGGAUCGCUUCAUAUCCAUUUGGCAGCGGCAACAUACAUAUUUUCUGAACAAUAGCAUCUCUGAUAAUCCUCAUCGCCUAGCAGUCCUUAACUCAGAAGCCAGUGACAUCGGCAGUCAGGGAAACUGGGCAAGAUGAAGUGUAGCAUCACUGAUUAAAUUCAGUGUAGGGUAUAAGAAUAUCCUCAGUUUAUGAAUAACAUCUUGUAGAGAUGACAGGUUUUUUCUCCACCACGCAACCCCCCCCCGGGGGCACAAUCCGGCACGUACCAAAGCUCAGUGCCGAGCUCCAACGUCUCGCCGUAAAGCACAAUUUUGACUCUAUCAUGAAUUAUUAAUCACUUUGGUCUCUCCCCCCGCCCCCGCUCCCCGCCCUCCCCCUUCUCCCCGGCGGAUGUCUGGAGGCCGCGGUAUUUUAUCUCCCGUUGGCAGUGAGCUCACAGGACGCAGCUCAAAGUAAGAUUUUUAUUCAAAGGCAAAUGAUGGAGCACAACAAGCCUCAGAUCGUUACUUCAUCAGUCGCGCCCUGUUGUUAUAUAAGAGUCCAGGCACUCGCUGAACAUGACAGUACCUGCGCUUAGCGGGCAUGACGGAACAGACGGCGGCUUUGCCGCGUUUCAUCCCUCUUAAGUAAUGAGCUCUUUCAUUAAAUAGCCAGGAGGCCUUUUCCGUAGCGUUACGGUGGCUGUGCUGGGCGGUGCCUCUGGAGGGAGAGCCUGCGGAGAGAUGGAGCCAGCAUGCUCGUCAGCGCUUCCUCGCCGUGGAAGCACCUGACCAUGAGAUCCCAUCAUCACCGCCGGCCUUUAUCCAUAAAGAACUGCCGCCUUGUAGCACAGCCUGGGGGUCUCUAGCUCUGCCUGAUAAAGGGAGUCAUGUGGUCAUAAGCCCCACCCCCUCUUGGUCAGUACAUGUCAGUAAAAAUAUACUGAGGAGUCAGAUUUUAAGGGUUUUUGUGUCCCUUGACUGGGUUAAAUCUUUUAAGAAUUAAAGCACAUUUGAGUUUGAAUGUGAUUAUAUUCUCAGAAGAGUCUAGAAGAAUGCCAUUUGACCGUCCUAGUCUUUACAGUGAUAAUGUCACAGGCAUCAGUGAGGACCAUUUCCUGAUAUGAUCCCAUGAUGCAUUUCACUGGCACCACAGCCCAGUCCAGGUGUAUGAAUGAGGUCGGACCAGUUCUCUGAUGGUACAGCUCUGUCUGAGUGAGUAAUGGAGCUGGGGUGAUGUUUUCCUCCCCUGCGACAGCACAAUCUGUGGGAGACCAGGAGCGUCUGUGAGAAUAUAAUCCGUUACCCAGUCUCAAUUCCCCGACUAAAUUGAUCUUCUCAAUGGAGGUAAAACUGACCCUUUCUGAUCCCAUGGGUCAAAGUGCAGGAGGUCAGUGUGGAGAGCUGAGGGUCUAUUUAUGUGAGGCCACCUUAAGAAUGUGUUAUGCACAGUAGAAUUAUAGUCCUCAGGUGUAUGGGAACAUUAUUUAAGAUGGUAUUAUCUUAUGGCUACAACCUGGAAGCACUCUUUCUUAUCCAUUUAUGUACCAGUGGUAUUUUUAAGCGUCCGCUGAAUCUCGUGCCAGGGGUGGGACGCCUCCUGGUGCCGUGUGAAGCACAUACUCACCUCUUCAUCCUCACAUUGAUCCUGAAGGGGCUGGGGGGCAGAUUUAUGCAGCUGCUGCCCAUAUCCUUAAAAAAAAAAAAAAAAACGAAAAACAAAAAAAAGGUUCCCCGGAUUUUCCAUGGGUUUGUGUACCAUUCAGGGUUGUUCCACAUUUGUGCUCAAUUUUUACAUGUGUAUGUGGUACUAAAAAGAAUAAAAGUAAAGUUUAGUCCAGUAUGAAAAGUCAUGCUUUAUUGAUUUAAAAGACUUUAUGUUACUGCCAGAAAAGGAAAAAAGAAAUAUAUAUAUACAUAUACAUAUAUAUAUAUAUAUAUAUAUAUUGUGUGGCGACGUUUUGGCAUGAGGCUAAGGAACUCCAGGUUUUUGAGGCUGUUCUGUCAGUGCUGGUGGUCUGUCAUUUAGCCUUGCGAUCGUGUGCACACUGUCUUGUACAAUAAGCUAUGGAGUGUUGUUUUUAAGUACAGUUUAGCAAUAAAUGCUAUUGGUUUAAAAUACAGUGCUGCUUGGCUUACUUCCUCAUGGCAGAUUUCUGCUGGGGUGGAGAAGGUAAAAUAACAGGUCAGUCCUUCAGAGGCACCAAAAGAGGGGGAAAUGGUGACAGAGACAGUGUUUGUCCCAAGGCUGCGCAAAGGGGGCAUGUCAAAGGCCCAUUGAAGGUCACACACAUUUGGACACCACCGUCUCGGACCCCUGUCCCCAAGGUAUUGUUGUCCCAUCACUGUCGUCGCCUUCGUACAGUUCCUGCAUGUAAUAUAGACCUACUGGAGGUAUGUUUCAAUUGUCUUACAUUUUGACAGUUUCUUAGUUUUAACUGGGAAUAUAUGUUAUCUGUGGUGAUUUAUGGUUAAGAAGAUACUGACUGAUAUCUGCUCUGUUCAGUUUGCUGUAGAAGUAUGUCUGCUCUUGCACGUACACAAGCAUUAUUUUUCUGAGCAACAGCCUUUGUGAAAUUCAACAGAAUUGUAAACACCUCGCAAUCACACCACCAUAUUACAUUGAAUGAUUAUUUUUGUUCUUGUUAGUCAGCAGUGUUGGUUUUCUCUUCUUGGUCAGCAUGUGUAAAUAUCACCACGUGUAUGAGAGCACUCACUGCUGCAUUAAUGCAUGGGCACAGCCGUGAUCAUGUAAGGGUCUAGGAAGUGCAUGUAUUGGUUCUACACCGUAACCAUGGCGAAGAUGGGCCAUCCCACCAACCUGAAUAAGAGGGGGAGAGGCUGUGGAUCGUGUGGUUCUUCGUUGGAUUGUGAUUAUUCAUAUUUCUCUAAUUUUACUAACAAGCUGUAGCAAGUUGGUUGCUUAAAUUACUUCAGUGCACUACCAAGAGUAUAAAAUGACAAGAAUGAUGGGUAACUAUUAAUGCAAUGUCAAUAAUAAUCAAUGAACGCAUUCAUUACACAUUUUGAGGGAUGCGUAUAUCAUUAUAAACACGUCUAUACAUAUUUAUAAAAAGGCAUCACACAUAGCCAUGUUUAUUAUGCAUUUGAAUGCUUUAUGAAGCUCUCAUCUAUAAUGCACUAUAAAUACCUUCAUAAUGCAAUACAUUGUAUCCUUAAUUCUUAUGCCGACCAUUAUAAUGGAUUAGCAAAGUAUCUAUAGUUCAUUAUGGAUGAGAGCAUUAUCGGUGCUUAUUAAGUAUUAUAAUCAACACUAAAAUGCCUUAUGACUAUUAAUAGAAAAUGCUGUAAUGCUUCGUUUAUUAUUAUACUUACCAUUAUAGUGCAUUAUGAUGGUAUCUAUAGUGCAUUAUGGAUGACAGCUUCAUUGGAGCUUAUGAAGUUUUAUAAUCAACACUUCAAUGCCUUCUGAUUGUCAAUAGAAGAUGUUGUAAUGCUUUAUUAAUUCUUAUACCGACUACUAUAAUGCAUUAUGAAAGGUAUCUAUAGUGCAUUGUAGAUGACAGCUUUAAGUAAAGUGAUGAGUUGGGAGAUCAAAAUCUAAUACUGAAUGUACUAAUUCACGAAAUAACAGAAGAAUGACAUCCAUUCUGCAGAAUAUUUAUGUAAUGGCAGGCCAAGUCCGUAUUACUACAGGGAUAUUAUUUACAAUCCCUUGUAGAAUGAUUUAUUUUUUAUCCAUUAGUACAGAGUUACACAUUAAUUACACAUUUCCAUUAAUUCCAUGUAGGCCAAUUUGUAUUAACUCCAUUAUUUCAACCACAUUGACACUCAGCCUGGUUUGUUCUGGAAUAAUUGAAGCAACAGAUCUUGCCUUACACCCGGAACUUACCAUUUUAACCAGUGAAGCUGUUCACCAUUAUCCUCAAGGCAUUAUAUUCCUGGACACCUCUGGUUCUAUUAAUGACAGACAAACGAACUACUCCAGACUAGUUGUGUACCUGUUAUUACCACAAGAUAUUAUGGUUAUCUUGUAUAAUUAAUGCUUAAUUAUGCAAUAUAGGUAUACACAUAAUACAUAUAUUACUUUUUCAUAUAUAGUAAAAAAAAUCUCCUGUUAAAAUUGACAAUUGUCUGCUAAAAUAAUUCUAGGUGCUGGACAUUAGUGCGUUGCCUGUUAUUUAGCAGAUGGUUUUUGUCCAAAGCAACAUACAAGUGAGGAUCAGAUAGCAGCACAAACUGGAAUCUAUGGCACAGUUGGGUCUAGGAAGCUUUCUCAAGGGCCCAAUGGUGAAAUCACUUCUCCUGGUCAUGGGAUUUGAACCAGCGACAUUUCGAUCACAGUUCUAACCCUCAGAGCUAUACACCAGGGUCUGUUUCUUGGUUGUUCUGAAUCAGUCAAUUUUAUUGAUGCUAGUUUUGUUUACUGCUCUUAUACUGGGCAGAAUGAGGCUGGGGAGCUUAAUAAACACUAUACAUGGGACAUAAUUCAGUUGCAAGAAGGUAGGAUAGAUGACUGGACAUAAAGUUUUCAAUACCAAACAUAAAUUGUUCCAGAGAAGUAUUAAAUUUGCCAUUUCCUGAUAAAUUACCUUCUUCAUUUCCCACCAUAAAUAGGCUUGAGAAAUUGGCCUUGUCCUUCAAAAAACCAAAAAGAAUGAACAAAAUUUAAUCAACUACCUCAGUGUGCAUGACACUGAGAAGCUCUGAUCCUUCUUGAAGAGCUAUCAUUGAUUCUGCUGUGAGAAAUAAAGGGCAUCUCAGACACAUCUCAAUCUGUGCAUAAACCAAGAUAAAAGCGCGGCUGCGUUUCUAACUGCAUACCCACUGAUACAUGUGUAAUGGCUGUUGUUCUUUUAGUGACUCCCGCUGCCCACUUCAUACAUUUCUGAUUAUUGCCAUCAAAGCUCUAAUUUUCUAAUAACAGUAUUUUUUUCUGGGGAAAAUAUAUAUUUAUAUUUUUGUGUGUAUUUAUUCACGAUUUCAUUAAAAUUCAUGAAAUAUGUAAUGACAUUUUAUGAUAACAUUUGACCAGUAAUGAAAAGGAGUAUAAGAGUUAAAUGACUGCGGGUCUUACUCUGACCUGUUUAGUCUACAAGGCUCAAAAACCCGUCUUUCCUCUUCUCUUCUGCCUGUUACCGUGGUAACCGGUUUUCGCUUCAGAUGGUGCUGCAGUUUAACAUCUGAAUGUCUGCACUAUCUUCCUAACUUUAGCAGGACCAGAAGAACGAGUGACAUUUUGGAGAGUCUGGAAUCAGACUUGCACUUAUGCCCCCACCUCAGCAUGGAAAUUUUACUGUUUCAGACAAGCUGCCUCAUUUCAGACAAGCUUGCCAUGUCAGUAAUAGCACCUACACAGGUCUGGCCUGGACCCAUUACCUGCAGUAACACUAAAAAUCUCUAGAACUUGAUAACUUGUCUAUUGUUAUGUUCAUUUAAAACCAUGUAAGUCAUAUCCAUUCUCACAUUGAGCUUCAUGUAUUGCUAUGAAGAUAUUGAGUUUAGGGCUGAAAGUCAGCCAAUUUUCAUAUUAGGUUUUCGAGGGAAUUUUCUAUGUAUUGGCUUUCAGAUUUGUUCGCGACAUUUUUUCGAAGCAGAAUUUUAAUUCUUCAAUGUCUCCUUACGCUCUUUUGCACCGUUUGUAUUCGCGGCAAUAUUUAGUUUGCUUUCAUGAUUAAAAUAAUUCUUUGACGCCCUCUAGUGGUAUUCCAUAGUACUGUUCUGAUAUAUUAAUAUUAUCUCCCAUGAACUAAGCUUGUUGCUCUGUGGAUAUCGCACUUUUUAAAGUUUUUAAAAAGCCUUCGGUUAACUACAAACUUCUAGUCAUACCUGCUGAACAGAAAAAAAACAAUUCUGGUGCUAGAGAUUGUCUGCUUACAUUGGUCUCAGCUAAGCUUGUGAUUGAAUUCUGGCACUAUUAGGAAUAGAUUGGUCAGAUCUAUGAGAAAAUGUUAUAUGUUGUUGUUGGCCAGGCUGCAGUCUGAAAAAGGUUCAGUAACACAGUCAUUUCCUAUGAGGCAGAUAAAAUAACCACUGGUAAGUCUUCUGCUAAUGAAUUCUUCAGGAUUCCUGUCCUUACUAGAUUCCACAUGUUUUAGACAUGUCAUAAAGCAUAACAUCACCACCAAUGCCUACAUGCACCCCUUAGUUCUGUAAAAGCAAUGAGCCAGAAUUUGUCUGUUUUUACUUUAGAUCUAAAAAGCAAAAGCUCAGAAGGAAAUGAUUGCCAGUUCCAUAUUUCUUCAAGUCUUUGAGAGAAAAAGUAUGUAUGAUUCUCAAAAACUUCUUCCUCAGGGAAAAAGAAAAACAUCUUUUCCCCCUACAGCAAUCAAUUCUGGUGCUACAAAGAAGUGGUCACUUCCUGUAGCUGGCAUAGAAAUAAAUUUAUGUUGAAAAAUUAAAAGUUAAUGUUGAAAGAAAUAAGCAAUUAAUUAAUAAUAUAACUGAAAUGUGACUGGGUUUGUAACAGAUUUUAAAAAUAGACAUUUUCUACUGAUUUUAUUGCUAUGAUUGUAAGUUAACCUGUGUUUUUAAAUAAUUGCAUUGUUGUACUGAGUGGAAAUAUGAAUAAAUGCAGGUAACAUGGC